UGACGCAACCUGACGCGUAAACGGGUAUCGGAGCUGUGGUCGAACAGAUGAGGUUUUAUAUCUUCGAAAAUGUCGACUGCCAUGAAUUUUGGAACCAAGUCGUUCACGCCGCGACCUCCGGACAAGGGCGCGUUUCCUCUAGACCACUUCGGGGAAUGUAAAGUGUUCAAGGAGAUAUUCAUGAAGUGCUUGAAAGAAAACAAAUACGACAGUUCUGUGUGCCGGAUGCAGUCCAAAGACUACCUGGAAUGCCGAAUGGAAAGGAACCUGAUGGCAAAAGAGCCACUGGAGAAACUGGGGUUUAAGGACUUGAUGGAGAAACCUAAUAAUAAAGCAAACAAGCAAAGGGAAACCAAAUCGUCAACAGAGGAGCCCUAGCUGGGAAAGUGAACCCUGAACUCAGUAAAAUGCUGUACUUUCCAGUAAUCCCUGUGGUUACGCUGAUGACGAUUCAUGAGAACAAAGACUGUUUUCGCCGUUAUGUAUAUAAUGCACAUUCUGUUUUAAUAAGACUGGAGCCCUGUAUAUAAACAUACCUUCUGGGCACAUCCAUGGGAUUCAAAUUCAAAACAGCAGACAAACCAUUGGUCUAAGUGGGAAUAUUAAUAGUGGGGGAGUCAAAUCACACACAGCAAGUGUAAAAACUGCAGUUAGGCCACAGAUUUAACUGAAUUCUUGCCAAAAAAACCCAAAACAAAAAGCAAACUUCAGUGAAGGUUAACAAAGGGGAAUAUUUUAUAUAUAGACAAGGAUUCCAUAUGUACAAUAAGUUGUUAAAGGGGA